GGCAGUGGAGGGGGGCGAGGCGUUCGAGUUCCGAGUGCGAGGAGACAACGGGAGGAGGGGGGAGCAGCAAGCCCACCCUCUCGGGGAGGUCGCCGCCGUCCCUGCAUCCAUCCUUUUCUUUGAGACUUGUGCUUACAUGGAGUCCAACAGUGGCGAGGUUGAGGAGUUGCCACCCCCACCACCCGUGCCACCAAAUGUCGAGCCACUUAAAACUGAUGAAACAAAAAAGCCCUCAAAACCUAAGAGGGCCUUGAUGCCCCGUGCUGGCUAUGGCAAAAAAGGCCAGCCGAUACAACUGUUAACCAACCAUUUCAAAGUAUCUUUGAAGACAACAGAUGAAUUUUUCUAUCACUACUAUGUGAAUCUGAAGUACGAAGAUGACAGGCCAGUGGAUGGAAAAGGCGUAGGCAGAAAAGUGAUUGACAAACUCCAGCAGACUUAUGCAUCUGAGCUUGCAAAUAAAGAUUUUGCAUAUGAUGGUGAGAAAAGCCUGUUCACCAUUGGUGCUCUUCCACAAGUGAACAAUGAGUUCACUGUAGUGCUGGAAGAUGUCAAUACUGGAAAGUCAGCGGCAAAUGGUGGCAGCCCUGGCAAUGAGAGUCCUGGAAAUGACAAGAAAAGGGUUAGAAGGCCAUACCAGACAAAAACUUUCAAAGUGGAGCUGAACUUUGCAGCAAAAAUUCCUAUGAGUGCCAUUGCUCAGGCCUUGAGGGGCCAGGAAUCUGAGAACACCCAGGAAGCAAUCAGAGUUAUUGAUAUCAUCUUAAGGCAGCACUCUGCAAAACAAGGUUGCCUUUUGGUCCGUCAAUCCUUUUUCCAUAACAAUCCUUCCAACUUUGUGGACUUGGGUGGUGGUGUGAUGGGCUGCAGAGGAUUCCACUCGAGCUUCCGAGCUACACAGAGUGGACUAUCUCUUAAUAUCGAUGUGUCCACAACGAUGAUUGUGAAACCUGGUCCUGUAAUUGAUUUUCUACUUGCCAACCAGAAGGUUGAUCACCCAAACAAGAUUGACUGGGCAAAGGCCAAGCGCUCUCUGAAGAAUUUAAGGAUAAAAACAAGUCCAGCAAAUACUGAAUACAAGAUUGUUGGUUUGAGUGAGAGAAACUGCUAUGAUCAACAGUUUACUCUAAAGCAAAGAAACAGUGACAAUGGUGACACUGAAGGUCUGGAGGUGUCUGUUUAUGAUUAUUUUGUGAAGAAUCGGGGCAUAGAGUUGAGAUACUCUGGUGAUUUUCCCUGUAUCAAUGUGGGGAAACCAAAGCGACCAACUUAUUUUCCAAUUGAGCUCUGCUCUCUCGUGCCUUUGCAAAGGUAUACUAAGGCCUUGAGUACACUUCAAAGAUCUUCACUUGUUGAGAAGUCCAGGCAGAAACCUGAAGAACGGAUGUCGGUUUUGUCUGAUGUACUGAAACGCAGCAACUAUGAUUCAGAGCCUAUGCUGAAUUCAUGUGGUAUAUCAAUUGCUCGAAGUUUCACACAAGUUGCUGGUAGGGUGCUUCAGCCCCCUAAGCUAAAAGCUGGAAAUGGUGAAGAUCUUUUUGCACGUAAUGGGCGCUGGAACUUUAACAAUAAGAGGCUCAUCAAAGCUAGCAGUAUUGAGAAAUGGGCAGUGGUUAACUUUUCUGCACGGUGUAAUGUUAGGGAUCUUGUUCGGGACAUCAUCAAGUGUGGUGGCAUGAAAGGAAUUAAAGUAGAAGAUCCAUUUGAUGUCAUUGAAGAGGACCCUUCAAUGCGACGAGCUCCUGCUGCAAAAAGGGUAGAAGAGAUGAUUGACAAGAUGCAAAAAAAGCUUCCUGGGCAACCAAAGUUUCUGCUAUGUAUUCUUGCUGAGAGGAAGAAUUCUGAUAUUUAUGGUCCCUGGAAGCGAAAAUGUCUUGCUGAAUUUGGAAUUAUUACACAAUGUGUGGCCCCUACGAGAAUUAAUGAUCAAUAUAUUACAAAUGUACUGCUAAAGAUAAAUGCAAAGCUUGGGGGCUUGAAUUCAUUGCUGCAAAUUGAAACGUCACCUUCCAUUCCUCUUGUAUCAAAGGUCCCAACAAUAAUUUUGGGAAUGGAUGUUUCCCAUGGUUCACCUGGACAGUCUGAUAUACCUUCUAUUGCUGCAGUUGUUAGUUCUCGUGAAUGGCCUCUUGUAUCGAAAUACAGGGCUUCGGUCCGUUCUCAGUCACCCAAGUUGGAAAUGAUUGAUGGACUGUUUAAGCCACAAGGAACUCAGGAUGAUGAUGGCCUCAUUCGGGAGUUAUUAGUGGACUUCUAUACCAGUACUGGUAAACGUAAGCCUGAUCAGGUUAUUAUCUUCAGAGAUGGAGUCAGCGAGAGCCAGUUUACCCAGGUGCUGAACAUUGAGUUGGAUCAAAUAAUUGAGGCAUGCAAGUUUCUUGAUGAAAAUUGGUCUCCAAAGUUCACACUGAUUGUUGCACAGAAAAAUCACCAUACCAAAUUUUUUGUGCCUGGAUCUCAAAAUAACGUUCCUCCUGGUACUGUUGUGGACAACGCAGUUUGUCAUCCUAGGAACAACGACUUCUACAUGUGUUCACAUGCUGGAAUGAUUGGAACUACAAGGCCAACACAUUACCAUAUCCUUCAUGAUGAGAUAGGCUUUUCAGCGGAUGACUUGCAGGAGUUGGUUCACUCCCUUUCCUAUGUCUACCAGAGGAGCACUACAGCCAUAUCAGUCGUUGCACCCAUUUGCUAUGCGCAUCUCGCUGCUGCUCAGGUUAGCCAGUUCAUAAAGUUCGACGAUAUGUCGGACGCUUCUUCGAGCCAGGGCGGGCAUACCUCGGUGGGCAGUGCUCCAGUGCCCGAGCUUCCUCGCCUGCAUAACAAGGUCAGGAGCUCCAUGUUCUUCUGCUGAAGAUGAGCAGAUCAGCCGUUACGCUACGGGCUGUGCUGAACUUGUGGAUGUUUUGGUCGUUUUAUGUUCUGUAGUUGUUUUGAGUACACUUUCCACUCGGAUGGAUGUGAAUGUUGUUAGGCUGGAUGCCGCACUUGGUGCACCUGAACUUGAACCUGUUAGGGUACUGCUGAAUCUCUGAACUUAAUCGUAGCUUGUUUGAUGCCAUUUGCUUUGGC